CUCUGUGAGCGGCUCCCUCCUCCUUUAUAGCCGGCGUGAUGUAGACGCGCGCCUGCGCAGUGGCUCGCCGAGACCCGGAAGUAACUGGUGGCGAUGGCGGCGGAGGGCAUGGGGCAGCAGUGGGUGCUGGUGGAGAUGGUCCAGGCCUUCUAUGAGGCUCCAACAUACCAUCUUAUUUUGGAAGGCAUUCUAAUUCUAUGGAUAAUCAGACUACUUUUUUCAAAAACAUACAAACUUCAGGAGAGAUCUGACCUCACACCUAAGGAAAAGGAAGAACUAAUUGAAGAAUGGCAGCCAGAGCCUCUUGUUCCUCCUGUUUCAAAAGAUCAUCCAGCUCUCAACUACAAUGUUGUUUCAGGGCCUCCAACCCAUAAAAUUAUUGUGAAUGGCAAACAGUGCAUAAAUUUUGCAUCGUUUAAUUUUCUUGGCCUUUUGGAUAAUGAAAGGGUUAAGAAUGCAGCCCAGGCAUCUCUGGCAAAAUAUGGGGUUGGGUCUUGUGGCCCUAGAGGAUUUUAUGGAACUUUUGAUGUACAUUUAGAAUUGGAGGAUCGGCUUGCUAAAUUUAUGAAAACUGAGGAGGCUAUCAUAUAUUCCUAUGGGUUUGCUACGAUUGCCAGUGCUAUCCCUGCUUAUUCAAAACGAGGAGACAUUGUGUUUGUUGAUGAAUCAGUCUGCUUUGCUAUUCAAAAAGGCUUACAGGCAUCCAGAAGUAACAUUAAGUUUUUUAAACAUAAUGAUAUGGCUGAUCUUGAACAUCUACUAAAAGAACAAGAGAUAGAAGAUCAAAAGAAUCCUCGAAAAGCCCGAGUGACACGAAGAUUUAUUGUGGUUGAAGGUUUGUUCGUUAAUACUGGAGAUAUUUGUCCCCUUCCAGAAUUGGUGAAAUUAAAAUACAAAUACAAAGUGAGAAUAUUUUUGGAAGAAAGUCUUUCCUUUGGAGUGUUGGGAGAACACGGACGAGGAGUUACAGAACAUUUUGGAAUAAAUAUGGAUGAUAUUGAUCUUAUAAGUGCAAAUAUGGAAAAUGCUCUGGCAUCUAUUGGAGGAUUUUGCUGUGGCCGAUCUUUUGUUGUUGAUCAUCAGAGACUCUCGGGCCAGGGUUACUGUUUUUCAGCCUCUUUGCCUCCUCUAUUAGCUGCUGCUGCCAUUGAGGGCCUCAAUAUCAUGGAAGAAAAUCCAGGCAUUUUUGAAGUUUUACAACAAAAAUGUAAGCAAAUACAUAAAGCUUUGCAAGGGAUCCCUGGACUGCGGGUGGUGGGGCAGUCUCUUUCUCCUGCAUUGCACCUCCAGUUGGAAGAAAGCACUGGAAUUCGAGAGGGUGAUAUGAGGUUACUGAAGGAGAUUGUAGACUAUUGUAUGAAUAGAGGUAUUGCAUUAACCCAGGCUCACUACCUGGAAAAAGAAGAAAAAUUUCUCCCACCACCCAGCAUUCGAGUUGUAGUGACAGUAGAACAAACAGAAGAGGAACUGGACAAAGCUGCCUCACUGAUCAGGGAAGCUGCCGAGUUUGUGCUGAACUAAGGCUUGCAGAGGUGGAUGUUUGCUGCUCCUGUUUUCUACUGUGCAAUAAGUUGGCUUGCACUCCAAAGGUUCUUCAGCAUCAUCAAAUGGAACUGAAGCCUCCAAUUCCCCUGAGUCAUUCCAGAAUUUUUAAAAAAUAUCACAAAUGUGGAAAUACUAAACACAGACUGUAUGUACAGAACUCAGCUCUAUUUUUAUGCAUUGUUUAAACUGGAGAUCAUUGUUACACUGGUAUUUUACAUUCUUUUUUGCUUCCGUUCAUCAAAGGGCCUUAUUCCUUUCCAUAGUUCUCUAAAUGUGUACUAUAAAACAAGCUAUUUUUGAAAGUUGAUUGUAUAAUGCUAAUGAACAAGGAACAAAUAUAUGAAAACUUAAAGAAUAUUCUUAAUUUAAUGAUUCUUAAUGAAAAUAUUAAAAAAUAUCUUUUCCACACACACAAAAGCUCCUGGUAUCAUUGAGCUGGGUAGUUAAAUGCUAUUGUGGGAUCCUUCUUUUGAAGUAUAUACUUACAUAACGUUUAUUACACUGGGUAUGUGGAAAUUUAUACACUAAUUUUUUAAAAGAUAAUUUCAUUUUUGAAAUUCUCAGAGGCAGUUCUUAAAUAGCUUGUCAGAUUUACAUCAAACAUCACAUGGCACUGCCUCAUACAAUAUAAGUUGACCUUUCCUUUGAUUUGCCCAUAUAUUUAAUGUUUAUAUUGAUGCCCGAGUCACUAAUGCUGUGCAGCUAUGGAACUUAUAAGAGAGAGAUGGAACUCUCAUUAAUUAUUGGAUUGAGUAGCACCAAAUGCACACAGGGAUUUCUGCAUGGAGAUGCCCUCUGCACUGAAAAGAGGGGCAAAGUCAGCACGUGUAAUUUGUCUGUGUACUAAAGCAUACACAUGGACCAAGUGUAUGAAUCUUGGUCUUUUAUAGUACAUACUUAAAUUGCUGAACAAGUUCAUUUGGAUCUGGUCUUUGUAUUCUGCACAUUUACUCGACAGUAUCUCUGAACAUCUCAAAUUGUAAAUGCUUAUGUUUCAUUUCAAGAAAUAAAAAGACUCCAAAAUCCUGCUCAGAAAGCACUACUUUCUGAUGGCAAAGAUUUACUGGUGGAUACAGGUAAGCUGUAGCUGUUCAUUUUACAGGAGUUAAAAUAUGUCAGUUUUUAUCUUCUGUCCUCCUUCCAACCUUCAGGAAAAUUUGGCAUGUUGUGAUUUAUGUAAUCUGAAUUGUCCCAAUGUAGUGCUCCAAAUUUCUGUCAGCGGCUGCUUUGAAGACUUUCAAUUAUAUCUUUGUUGUUUCUACACUCUUGUGCCUUUUUUGGUUGCUGCUAUGUGGACUCCAGUGCUAUAUUUGAGACUUAUUAUUUUUUAAAUAAAUAUAUAUAUUUGAUCCAG